GUAGUAAAGAAAAGGGAAUACUAUAAUUUUGAUCAGCCCUUUUUUUUUUUGAACACAAAUUGAUCAGCUUUAUACUUGAUUUUAUAAUGAAUAAAUCACACCACUGGUUCAUUCGUGACCGAAAUAAAUAAAAUGCAAUUCACAGCUCAAAUAUGCUACCAAUUCAGCUAAAAUGUGGAGAAAAUGAUGAAUUAUAUGAUCCCUAGCCUCAUAGCUUGAUCCCAAAAAAAAAAAACUCAAUCUUAAAAUCGAAUUCUCCGAUAAGUGGUGAGCUUGAUUUAAUGAAUUAGUCUCCCCCUGUUAUAAAAGUUCACUUCUUUUUGUAGAUUUAGUAUCGAAUUUGAGAUCGGAUGAUUUUUUCUUGGAUUCUAAUGAAUUGAUUUGCUGAGCUGAUAAACACUUUUAGGAAAGUUUGUGACUUUAACUUAUCCUAUAAACAUAUGAUGUCGGAGCUAAUCCCUCAUUGGUCUCAACGUUACAAUCAUCUCUGUUGUUACUUUUGAGUUGGUUUUCAAACUAAAAAAAGCACAUGACUUUGAAAGAGCAAGAACCUGUGGAAUGUCAUUAUCAUUGUGUCUUUCUCUCCUCUUUUGUUUCUUGGAUGAUUAGAUUGAUGUUGGAGGCUCCGAGUUAUCUCGUCUCAAGGAACUUGCCAUCUUCAUAUCAGGAAGAGAGCAUGUGGAGGAUAUAUAACGCACACUACAUGCUUCAGCUCUACUUGAAGAAGCGUUAUGGUAAUACUCAUGAAGAAGGAAGUUUCACUAGCAAAAUGUUACUUGAGACGUUUAUGGAUAUCAUUCUGCUUGCUCAAACCUAUCAAAGGUCUAACCAAAGUCAUCAGCAAGGUGGUGGUGGUGGUGGUGGAGAUCAACAGAUUCCACCAGUAACUCUGCUUGACCAAAACGCGCUGCUCAACUGCUUAGCUCACUGCUCUUUAUCUGAUUUCAAGUCCAUCGCCUCAACGAACAGAGCCUUCCGCUCGCUCAUCAAGGACAGCGAGCUUUAUAGGCUGAGACGAGCAAAGGGUAUCGUGGAGCACUGGAUCUACUUCUCCUGCAGGCUCCUUGAAUGGGAAGCUUAUGAUCCAAACGGAGACAGAUGGCUACGUGUACCUAAGAUGACAUUCAACGGAUGUUUCAUGUGUUCGGACAAAGAAUCUCUUGCUGUCGGCACAGAGCUUCUUGUCUUCGGUAAAGAGAUUAUGUCUCAUGUGAUAUACAGAUACAGCAUCUUGACCAAUACGUGGACCUCUGGUACGCAAAUGAAUACUCCUAGGUGCUUGUUUGGAUCAGCGAGUCUAGGCGAAGUCGCGGUUAUAGCUGGAGGAUGUGACCCGAGUGGGAAGAUACUGAACUCUGCGGAGGUUUAUAACUCGGAGACUGGGGAAUGGACCGUCAUACCGAGCAUGAACAAGGCGAGGAAGAUGUGUUCGAGCGUGUUCAUGGACGGGAACUUCUAUGUUAUUGGAGGUAUGGGAGAGGGAAACUCGAAGAUGCUUAUGUGUGGUGAAAUCUAUGAUCUGAAAAAGGGGACAUGGACUUUGAUACCUAACAUGUUGCCGGAGAGAAGCAACGGAGGAGGAGGAGGUCAGGGAAAGGAGACUUCCUCUUCCUCUGCAAUGGCUGCUUCAGCGGCGCCGCCGCUUGUAGCUGUUGUGAAAGAUGAGCUUUAUGCUGCCAACUACGAGCAGCAGGAGGUGAAGAGAUACGAUAAAAGGUGUAAUGUAUGGAACAAAGUGGGGAACUUGCCGGAGAGGGCUUCUUCGAUGAACGGUUGGGGGAUGGCGUUUAGGGCUUGUGGGGAUCAGUUAGUGGUCGUUGGAGGGCCUAGGGCACUGGGAGGAGGGUUUAUAGAGAUCAAUGCUUGUGUCCCAAGGGAGGGUGAGUCUCUGCAUUGGAGAGUUCUUGCUUCAAAGCCAUCAGGAAGCUUUGUGUAUAACUGUGCCGUUAUGGGAUUUUGAAAGCCAUUUCAAAGCUAUUGACUUGUUUAUUAGGGUUCUUACAUGUUACAGUUUUAUUUUCAUGAUUGGGGCAAGAGAGUCUAUAUGUUCUUUUCAUUGUCUCUGUGGGGUUAUUGUUGUUCAGACAAUACGGAACUGAACAAGUUUCAAUAAAGUUUCUUAAAACGUUUCUUACA